AUGGCCGGCGAGACGCGCCUCGCCGCCGCGGCCGCGCUCUGGGCGCCCCUGGGGCUGCUCCUGACGCUGGCCCCGCACCCGGCCCGGGGCGCCCGUCCGCACCGGGACUACUGCGUGCUGGGCGCGGGGCCCGCGGGCCUGCAGAUGGCCUCCUUCCUGCAGCGCGCCGGCAGGGACUACGCCGUGUUCGAGCGGGCGCCCGCGCCCGGCAGCUUCUUCACGCGCUACCCGCGGCACCGCAAGCUCAUCAGCAUCAACAAGCGCUUCACCGGCAAGGCCAACGCCGAGUUCAACCUCCGCCACGACUGGAACUCCCUGCUCAGCCACGACCCCCGGCUGCUCUUCAGACACUACUCGCGGGCCUACUUCCCCGAUGCCGGCGACAUGGUGCGCUACCUGCGCGACUUCGCCGACCUGCUGGGGCUCCACGUGCUGUACAACACCACCAUUGCCCACGUCACCCUGGACAAGGACUCCCGGGCCUGGAAUGGCCACUACUUCAUCCUGACCGACCAGAAGGGCCAAGCAUAUCAGUGCAGUGUCCUCCUGGUAGCCACGGGGUUGUCAGUUCCCAACCAGGUGGACUUCCCUGGCUCUGAACUCGUGGAAGGUUAUGAGUCCGUGUCCACAGACCCUGAGGACUUUGUGGGUCAGAACGUGCUGAUCCUGGGCCACGGGAACUCCGCCUUCGAGACAGCAGAGAACAUCUUGGGUGUCACAAACUUUGUCCACAUGCUGAGCCGCUCCCGGGUGCGGCUCUCCUGGGCCACCCACUAUGUUGGAGAUGUCAGGGCCAUCAAUAAUGGCCUGCUGGACACCUACCAGCUGAAAUCCCUGGACGGGCUUCUCGAGUCAGACCUAACGGACCUGGCCUUUGUGAAGGACCGCCAGGGCAAGUUCCACAUCACCCUGAAGUUCUUCCUGGAGGAAGCCAAUGCCAGCCAGAGUGCCGACUCCAUCACCCUCCCCCAGGACGACAACGACAACUUCGCCAUGCGUGUGGCCUAUGACCGAGUCAUCCGCUGCCUGGGCUGGAAAUUUGACUUCUCCAUUUUCAACCAGUCCCUCAGACUCUCCUCCGGUAGUGAGUUUGGCAAGAAGUACCCAUUGAUCAGAGCCAGCUACGAGUCCAAAGGAAGCCGAGGUCUCUUUAUCCUGGGGACUGCCAGCCACUCGGUGGACUACCGGAAAUCUGCCGGGGGCUUCAUCCAUGGAUUCCGAUACACAGUGCGUGCUGUCCACCGGCUCCUGGAGCAUCGCCACCAUGGUGUGGCCUGGCCAUCCACCAAGUACCCCAUCACGCAGCUGACCAGCUCCAUCAUCCGGCGCGUGAACGAGGCUUCUGGGUUGUACCAGAUGUUUGGUGUGCUGGCUGACAUCAUCCUGCUGAACGAGAACGCCACAGCAUUUGAGUACCUGGAGGAGUUCCCUGUGCAGAUGCUAGCCCAGCUGGAGACCCUCACAGGGAGGAAGGCACAGCAUGGGCUCUUCGUCAUCAAUAUGGAGUAUGGCAAAAACUUCUCUGGGCCCGAUAAGGAUGUCUUCUUCUAUGACCGAUCCGUGGGGCACACAGAGGACGCCUGGCAGUCUAACUUCCUCCACCCGGUCCUCUAUUACUACAGACACCUCCCCACUGAGCAGGACGUGCGCUUCCGCCCGGCGCACUGGCCCCUGCCCCGGCCAGCAGCCAUCCACCACGUCGUGGAGGACUUCCUCACUGACUGGACAGCGCCGGUUGGGCACAUCCUCCCCCUAAGACGCUUCCUGGAAAACUGUCUGAACACCGAUUUACGGAGCUUCUAUGCAGAAUCCUGUUUCCUGUUCAGCCUAACGCGCCAGAAGCUGCCCCCCUUCUGCCAGCUCCGGUAUCUGAGCAUGCAGGGGCUGGCAAGCACCGAAAGCCUCCGGCAGCACGGUGUGGACAGCAGGCUCCUGCGGGACUAUGCCGCCAUGGGCCAGCAUCCGGAGGGCAGCAGCCAACCGCCUGGCAGCCGUGGGCCCAACAGUCACCCCCUGGUUCCAGGGCCUCUGGUCCAGUCCCUUGACAGCAACAAGGAGGAACUCUGACUGUCCCCUCCGGGCGUGGCAGCCUCGAGUCCACCCACCACAGGUGGGACCCGAGACCACUCAGCUCCCCACUGGGACUGCACCAGAGCUAAAUGGCAGGGCACGUAAGGCUGGGGUGUGGCCAUGCACCAGUCCCUUUUGUCCUCAUUGGGGGGGAGGGGCAGCAGAAGGGCGUGCUCUGCCAGGUAUGAGCUGCCUUUCAUAGCUGGCUGGACAGGUCGGUCACUGAGCACCAGGCUGCCUCGUUCUGUCCCCUCCCAGAUCCACCCGCUCCUUUCUCCCUAGUCUGCUUUCAGAUGGGCCUGGACCCUGCUGUGGAGUAGCUGAAACCUACCAUCAUCCUCACAGGGUUUGCAGCAACAGAGGUUCAGUCCCCAUCGUGUGACUCACACGAGAGACGGGCCCUGGGACUCACUGCCCAGACCCUCCCUAGGUGCUCCACCUGCACACUCCACUCCCCCCUCCACCUCGCCCCCUCGGUCUGGCCACCAACCCUGCGGGCCUGGCUUAUAAUCCCAGCCUGGAGGGCUGACCUUGAUGGUGGAGUGGAGACCAGAAUCCUUGGGCCUGGCCACCUGACCUAAGUCCUCCCUAAAGUACACCUUGUUUAGAGAAACUGCUGAGGUGUGUAAUGGCUGGGGAAUUCAGUUUCUGCCUCUAUCACCUGGAGCCUCCACUCUCCCCUCAGGAUGUGACUAUUUGUGCCUAGGCCCUGGGGAAGUAUUAUAAUUGACAGAAGUGACAAGGUUUCUUGACAGCCCCAAUGCUCACUUCCCCCAGGGAGCGUGCACCUCCAAUUCAUGGAUGCACUCAAUUCCAGGGACACUGGCUUUCAGGACUGGAAGCCCCUUCUUAGGAUAUCCCCUUCCCUCUGGCUAGGUCCGCGUCCCCUGACCACGAGCCUGACUCUUCACCUCCCCGUGCUAUCCCUCCCCUCCAGUAGCUCACUCUGUCUUUUCCAAAGUUAUGUGUGCAUGCACACACACGCACUGCUCCUGGGGUUUGAAAUUAGGGCUUCAGUGCCAUC